GUGUGCGGACUUGGAGGAAGCAUUAAAACGGAUCAAAUGAUCUCACACACACUCUGAGGAUUAUUUAUUUAUUUAAUUAUUUUCCCACAACAGGAAACAGCUUGCGCCUUUUUCACGCGCCAGGUGUGUGGUUAAUUAACGCAAAGGGCGUGGUGCAUUGUGGGGUAUAUAUCAUGCGCGUGGGAAAGCGCGAGCCUCUUCAGUGAGUGAAUGUUUCCCAGCGUGUGUUCAUGCUCUGUCAUGGGGCUCGUUCUAACCUCCAUCUACGUGCUCAUGGGCUUGUUCUCUCCGACCGCGCGUGCCGCCGGUACGGUCCCGCACCCGCACCCGCACCCGCUCCCGCUCCUUACACCUGACCCGGUCACCAGCGGACAGCAGGAGCAGCUCGAGGCGCCAUAUUUACACCUGCCCGUGUUCCGGCAUUUUAGAAAGCCGCGCGUGGGCAAACGGCACUUCUCACCGGCGCACGUGAUAAACCGCGAGCCGAUGCCCAAGCGCGUGCGCCAGGUUCUCUUGCCCGAGCUACGGCAACGCACGAGGACCCGAGUGAGGCCGAGCGGCCCGGUGAACGUCGCGUGCACCGCGCGGGACAUGCGCGUGCGAGUUCAUAAGGCGAGCCUGGAAGCCAGCGGGGAGCGCGUGCACGUGAGACUAGGCACGUGCGACGUCAGCAGAACGACCGAACAGAGCGUUUUAUUCCAGUACGAACUGCACGAGUGCGGCACUCAGAGACAGGUCAUAAAUGAAACGGUUGUUUAUUCCAACACGCUCCACUACACCCCUGAGGGCAGUGUGUCGGGUUCUGAGGUGUUCUCCGUACCGGUGCAGUGUCGCUUUAACAGGUUCCACUACUCGUACAAGAUGGGCUUCGUGCCGUCUGUCGAAAGGCUGAAGUUCUUUAAACCCAUGAAAACCAAAGGCGGCAUCACCCUGACGGCGCGCGACGAGCAGUGGAACAGACUCCCACCCCAUGAAGGGUUCGUUAUGGGGAAGCCGAUGUACUUCGAAGCCAAAACUCUUUACGUGCCUGACGAUGAGCGGUUAUUCGUGCAUUUCUGUCAUGUGACCGCGAACAGCUCGCGUGACUCCACGCCGCAGGUUAAGAUCAUCGACGACCACGGCUGCUUGAAGGACAGCAAGAGGAGCAGCAGGUCCAGAUUCAUAAACAGCACCAGGAAGAACGUGGUCCGGUUCUCCGUCGACGCCUUCGCGCUGCAGGGAAAAGUGCAGAAGUAUCUGUUUAUACACUGCGAGAUGUCGAUCAGAAACGUCAUUCCGACAGAGACGUCAAAGUCCUGCACCUAUAACAGUCUGGAGCACAGGUGGGAGGAGCUUUAUGGUGUGGACUCUGUUUGUUCAUGCUGUGACUCGUCCUGUGUCCCCGAGAUGCCGACACUGAUGCGACCCUUGACGAGUGAACUGGGGGCUUUAGUGGAGAAACACCCGGAAGAAAGGAACAGAAGUAUCCCAACGCAGAGCACGGUGGGAAUCUUCACACCAGAGCCGGAACUCCAAAUACUUACGAUGGAGAGCCAGCACACAACGUUGGGUCCAGAGAGGACGCUCGUAUUCGAGCACAGAACGGUCUCACCGGAGAGAACCCCCAUGCCAGAAAGCACGCAUGCAGUACAGAUUCCAGAGAGCGAGCAUGGAAAGAUCACGCCGGGGAGUACGCCCACGCCGGGGAGUACGCCCACGCCGGGGAGUACGCCCACGCCGGGGAGUACGCCCACGCCGGAGACUGAGCACGGAACGCCCACGCCGGGGAGUACGCCCACGCCGGAGAGUGAGCACGGAAAGAUCACGCCGGAGAGUACGCCCACGCCGGAGAGUACGCCCACGCCGGAGAGUACGCCCACGCCGGAGAGUACGCCCACGCCAGAGAGUGAGCACGGCACGCUGGUGCCACAGCAGGAGUAUGGAACACUAAUGCUAGAGAACAAGCAUGGAAAGGUCACAACAGAGACCCCGCCCACGCUGGAGAGCGGACGAAGAACGCCAACGUCUGACCGUGAGCACGGAACUCCAAUGCCAGACACCAACCACGAAAAGAUCACACCUUUCCUGCAUGAAGCGGUCAGUCCCGGUACGCCCGCACCCUCAGCCGAGCAAAACACAGUUCCACCGGUAGACAAACGCGCAGAGCUGCAGGAGCCUUACAGGAUCUUUGAGGAAGUGUUUGGACUCAGCUGAAAAGGAAACACGAUGCAAAACAGUUCACUUGAUCUCAAUAAAAAAUAUCUGGAACAAUUC